CAGGGAAGAAACGUCGUGUGGUGCUAGACUCCAAGCCAUCUCAGUUCCUCGCGACACUGAGAUCGAUCCAUUGCCUCUCUCUCUCUCUCUGCCUGCUUGUGUACAGGACGGGGUUGAUAUUUACGCUGGCGCGGUGUGCGUAGAGAGCCGUAGAUUGAGGCGAGAGAGGAAUCGAGAAGGGCCGAGGGUUGAGGAUUCGCGGUAAUGGGAGAGAGGCGCGGCGGCGGAGGAUGUUGUCCUCCGAUGGAUCUAUUCAGGUCGGAGCCGAUGCAGUUGGUCCAGGUCGUCAUCCCCGUGGAGUCCGCUCACCUCACCGUCUCCUACCUCGGCGACCUCGGCCUCCUCCAAUUGAAGGAUCUCAAUGCAGACAAAAGCCCCUUCCAAAGGACUUAUGCUGCUCAGAUUAAAAGAUGUGGAGAGAUGGCACGCAAAUUACGCUUUUUCAAGGAGCAAAUGUCAAAGGCAGGUGUGGUGCCUUCUAUCAAAUCUACUACCCUAGCUGAUAGCAAUGUGGAUGAUCUGGAGACAAAACUUGGAGAACUUGAGGCAGAGCUGGUUGAAAUUAAUGCAAAUGGUGAAAAGCUGCAACGUGCUUAUAGUGAGAUGGUGGAGUAUAAGCUUGUCCUGCAGAAGGUUGGUGAAUUUUUUCACUCAGCUCAUAGCAUUGCCACAGCACAGCAUAGAGAGAUAGAAUCGCAGCAUACCGGUGAAGAAUCCGUAGACACACCUUUAUUACGUGAUCAGGAAAUGGCAACCGAUGCGUCGAAGCAAAUGAAGUUGGGGUUUCUCUGUGGACUUGUCCCUCGAGAAAAAUCCAUGGCAUUUGAGAGGAUCUUAUUUCGUGCUACCAGGGGUAAUGUGUUCUUGAAGCAGGCAGAGAUUGAAGAGCCCGUUAUGGAUCCUGCUUCAGGUGAAAAGGUUGAGAAGAAUAUUUUUUUGGUUUUCUAUUCUGGAGAAAGAGCGAAGAAUAAGAUCCUGAAAAUAUGUGAAGCUUUCGGAGCUAAUCGCUACCCUUUCAGUGAGGACUUAGGAAAACAAGCUCAAAUGAUUACAGAGGUUAUGGGGAGGCUUUCAGAACUGAAGACCACUAUUGAUGCUGGACUUGCACAUCGUGGCAACUUGUUGCAGACCAUUGGAGAUCAAUAUGAGCAGUGGAGCCGCUUGGUGCGGAAGGAGAAGGCUAUCUAUCACACAUUAAAUAUGCUUAGCCUUGAUGUGACAAAGAAAUGUCUUGUUGCAGAGGGCUGGUGUCCUGUAUUUGCGACAAAACAGAUUCAGGAUGCAUUGCAGCGAGCUGCAUUUGACUCCAAUGCUCAAGUUGGAGCCAUUUUCCAGGUUUUGCAGACGAAGGAGUUGCCGCCGACAUACUUCCGGACAAACAAAUUUACUUCAGCAUUCCAGGAAAUUGUUGACGCAUAUGGGGUGGCUAGAUAUCAGGAAGCAAAUCCUGGAGUAUACACCAUAGUUACAUUCCCUUUUCUAUUUGCUGUCAUGUUUGGUGACUGGGGACAUGGAAUUUGCCUAUUACUUGCAUCAUUAAUGUUCAUAUUUAGGGAAAAGAAGCUUUCUGGUCAGAAACUUGGAGACAUCACAGAGAUGACCUUUGGUGGCCGUUAUGUUAUUCUGAUGAUGGCAAUCUUCUCAAUCUACACCGGUUUGAUCUACAAUGAGUUCUUUUCAGUUCCAUUUGAACUAUUUGGUCCGUCGGCAUAUGCAUGCCGUGAUUUGUCUUGCAGGGAUGCUACGACAGUGGGCUUAAUUAAAGUUCGUGACACAUACCCGUUUGGUGUGGAUCCUGCCUGGCAUGGCACAAGAAGCGAGCUGCCAUUUCUUAAUUCUUUGAAGAUGAAAAUGUCGAUUCUGCUUGGUGUGGCCCAAAUGAAUCUUGGAAUCAUAUUGAGCUAUUUCAAUGCUAAAUUCUUUGGCAAUUGCAUCAAUAUCUGGUUCCAAUUUAUUCCCCAGAUGAUAUUUCUAAAUAGUUUGUUUGGGUACCUAUCCAUCCUAGUCAUCGUGAAAUGGUGCACUGGUUCACAAGCUGAUCUAUACCACAUAAUGAUUUACAUGUUCCUAAGCCCUACUGAUGACUUGGGUGAGAAUCAGCUUUUCCCUGGCCAGAAAACGGUGCAGCUUGUGCUGCUAUUGCUGGCACUCAUUUCCGUGCCAUGGAUGCUGCUUCCAAAGCCCUUUCUUCUGAAAAAGCAACAUGAAGAGAGGCACCGAGGAAAUUCGUACAUGCCACUGGAGACCACAGAGCACAGCUUUCAGUUGGAAACAACCCCUGAUGCCCAUGGGGAUCAUGAAGAAUUCGAAUUUAGUGAAAUCUUUGUCCACCAGCUUAUACAUACCAUUGAAUUUGUACUUGGGGCAGUCUCCAAUACAGCUUCAUAUCUUCGUCUGUGGGCACUUAGUCUCGCCCACUCAGAGUUGUCAAGCGUGUUCUAUGAGAAGGUUCUGCUGCUUGCUUGGGGGUUCAACAAUGUGAUCAUUCUCAUUGUUGGCAUCAUCAUCUUUAUCUUUGCAACUGUCGGCGUGUUGCUGGUGAUGGAGACCCUCAGUGCUUUCUUGCAUGCCCUGAGACUUCACUGGGUGGAGUUCCAAAACAAGUUUUACGAGGGAAAUGGUUAUAAGUUCCAUCCAUUCUCGUUUGCAUUGGCCAGUGACGAGGAUGAUUUCUGAUUCCUACUGUAUAUUUACCCAAUAUAAAUGAUGGAUUGGUGUGUCACAUGCAUCUUGCGUGUUCGGUUGGGUCUGCAUCGAUUCUUUUAUUGAAAGAGAUGGGAUGAACCACCUUUACAUCA